AACGCGUAAAAGGCUACCGGGCACUUGUGACAGCGCUGAGACGCACUCUGGGACGCCGUAGAUCCGACUCCAUUCCUCUUAACGGGCCACUCGGAGGUGCAUGGCCCCAGCCCCUCGCGUCAUGAUGAAUCCUGUGCAGGGGUCGCCGUCCCACGACGCCAAAGUGCCGCAUCAGAAAGAGGAGACGGACGCGGAGGGGGAGGAAGUUCAGCCCAAAGACGUGAGCGCCGCGAAGGGAUACAAGCUGCAGCGGAGCAGCCUUCCGUUCAGCGUCGAGUCGCUGAUUUCCAAGAAGACCACCUGUCGGACUCCGUACUCUCCGCCCGACCCGUCGCUGGUUCUGCCCCAGCCCGUGCCGGGCCAGGGCGCGCACUUCUCGCCCAGGACUUUUUACGCGGAGAGGAAAGUUUCCGCGGAGAGCUCGCAGGCUGUUCCCCAGAGCCCCGGCGAGGACAGUCCGCAGUUUUGCGACAAAGAUCAGAGCACUUGGUUCCAGUCGUCCUCCUUUUCUCCUCCUCCUCCUCGAAGCUCAAGUCCAACUCCGUGUACUCUGAGGAAACAUAAAAACAACAGGAAACCUCGAACGCCCUUCACUACCUCCCAGCUGCUGGCGCUGGAGCGCAAGUUCCGUCAAAAGCAGUACCUCUCCAUCGCCGAGAGAGCCGAGUUCUCCAACUCGCUCAACCUGACGGAGACUCAGGUCAAAAUUUGGUUUCAGAACCGUCGGGCCAAAGCCAAGAGACUGCAGGAGGCCGAGCUGGAAAAGUUUAAGCUGGCCUCGAAGCCCGUCCUGCCCGCCUUCGCGCUGCCGUUCCCCCUCGGAGCGCACAUGGGCUCUCCAACGUGGGGUCCGUCCAACGCCUUCCCGAGGCCCAGCCUGCCGGUCCCAGGACUGUUCAGUGGACCCGUCACUUAUGGGAUGUACUAUUUGUCUUAGUGUGUGUGUGUGUGUGUGUGUGUGUGUGUGUGUGUGUGUGUGUGUGUGUGUGUGUGUUUGUGUGUGUGUGUGAGAUGUCCUCCGACCUUGGUUGCAAUACACUUAGUUUACAAAAUCUCCAGAAACAGUGUUUGUAUUUAAAUGUGGCGUUUAAAGAAUCUAUUUGUAAAACAAAAUCUUCGCGAAGCAUUUUUGAUAAUUACGCGUGACGGGAUCAAGUCAGUACACUUGCUCUGCUCACUCUGACACUGUGUCCAGCGCUGCGGGUUGUGGAUUUACAAGCCUAAAUUACUUAGGCGACAGUCCAGAUGUACAUGUCAGGGUUUCAAGCGUCAUGCCUUAAAUAUCUCAGUUCGCGGCCGUGAAACCGGACAUUUAAAGUGUGAAGGAGAAGGAAAAAGUGGAAAGGUUCCGGCUCCUUGUCUGGAGUUUUUUUGGAAACCGCAGGGCGGCUGAUUUCAGUCAGUUAAAUAGUUUAAUUCCCAGAUUUUAAGGCUAUAUUUUGUAAAACACGGAGCAAAAAUAUAUUUUAGAAAUCACGUAUAUUAGAUCAUUUACUCUCACACCGUGGCCUGUAAGGGAGUGAUAAUAGAAUGUGUUUCAUGGCAUUUUACUGUAAAUGUAAAUAAAACGUGUAGCGUUGAUAAAGUCCUGGAGAGCAGCAGGAAAUGUGAUAUUUAUUGAAUAUCUUUUGUAUCUGUACUGUGUACAUACAUCACUUUAUCGAAAUGUUCAGUUACUUGUAAACUGAUUUUAGUAAAUAAAUAUUAUACAUGA